AUGUUCAGCCGCAACAAAAACACCUCCACCCAUAAUGGGGCUGGGACAGUCUCAGGACCUGCACGAACAACCAGAAGCCACUCUCUCAUUCAACACCUCCUCCGAGCCCUCCAAUUCCUCUCCGCCUUCACCUCCCUCAUCCUCUUCUCCGUCCGUCUAGCCAAGAUCCUCCGCCUCGUCCACAAAGCCUCCCACUCCAACGGCGCUGUCGAAGGCAUCCUCGCCGCAGCCGUGCUAUACACCUUGAUUGCUACGGCCCUCACCUGUGGUCUCAGAGCCGGCGGUGGCAACAUGCUUCGCAUCCUACUCAUCAUCUUCGACCUCUUGUUCGUUGGCGCCUUCAUCGCCGUCGCUGUCUUGACCAGCCCGAAACGUCAUGGAUCCAGUGGACCUUGUACCAGCAACGCCAAUGCGAAUCAUCUCUUGACUCAUUAUACUUCGAAUGAUGUCAAUUGCAGAUUGCCGUGGGGAACUUUCAUCUUGGCUAUUCUUAGCACUCUCUUGCAUGCUGCUACAGCUGCGUUCCAUGGCGUCAAGGAUCAUCGCCGUACUCACAGGAACGAUCAUGUUACGAAGCACGAAGCAGCACAAAAUGAUGGACGUGAUGGAUAUGUUGAUGGUAAUGCACCAGGAUAUAACGGUGCUCGGGCCACUCAUGUGUAAUUGGCGUUGAACGAAGAUUAGCGAAGCUUUGCUUGCGUUUCGUGGUGCUAUUUCGAUUGGGC